AUCAUCAGUUUUCUCUUCCUCAGGCUCCCCAACAGCCAGGCACAGGCUGGCUCAACAAUUGACGCGCAUUCUGUAUUUGCAGCGCAUUUUUGAAACCCACAGCUGAAUCUACUUACUAUAUUGCACAUUCAAUUCUUAGAAUAGAGCAUUGUUACACCUCUCCGGCACCGGCCAUCAGCAGUCUGCCUCACUUGAACUCGAACUCGAUUGGAGCUAUCGAGCUAUAGCAUGGUUCCGUAUAGCGACUAGAAGCAUACCCGAAAAAGGAUAAAAGAGAACAAGAGAGGAGAAAUGACAGUCUCCAUUCCGCGACUCAAGAGAGCCGCUCGAAUCAUUCUUAUCGGCGCACCGGGUGUAGGGAAGGGGACUCAGACGGAAAGGCUGCUGGCUAGGUUCCCGCAGCUGGCUUCGAUCAGUUCGGGGGAUCUUCUGAGAGAGAAUGUUCGCCUGAGGACACCGUUAGGAAUCCAAGCAGAGACAAUAAUCCAAUCCGGCAAUCUAGUCCCAGACUCAAUGAUCCUCGAUCUUAUCUCCUCAGAGCUAUGGAAAAGGGGCUGGCUCUCAACGAGCCAUCGCAGUAGCAGCACCGACGGCACCAAGAGUAAUUCGUCGCCCUCUCCUCAGAACCCAGUACCUGCUCCCCAAUCACCAGCGAAAAUAUCGCCCGACGCUUCGUUCAUCCUCGACGGCUUCCCCAGAACACUCUCCCAAGCUUUAAGUCUGGACUCACUGGUCCCUAUCAACUUCGCUGUUCACCUCGUCACGCCGCCCUCCGUCAUUCUCUCCCGGAUAGCAAAGCGCUGGGUUCAUGAACCAUCAGGGAGAGUCUACAAUACGGAUUUCAACGCCCCGAAAGUCCCCGGCAGGGAUGACGUGACUGGGGAGCCAUUGACGCAGAGGUCUGACGACUCGACCGGUACGUGGUAUCAGCGCUAUCACAAGUUCGAGGAGACUAGUCGGGAUUUAGUUGCACAUUACGCGGACAAGGGCUGUCUAUCGCGGAUUGAGGGGAACUCGAGUGAUGAGAUCACCCCUAGGCUUUUCAAGGCGAUUGAGGAGAGGUUCUGUUAG